AUGGAAAGCCAGGAAUUUAUUGUACUGUAUACUCAUCAAAAGAUGAAGAAGUCAAAAGUGUGGCAAGAUGGAAUUCUGAAGAUCACUCACUUAGGAAACAAAGCAAUUUUAUAUGAUGACAAAGGAGAAUGUUUGGAGAGUAUAUUUCUGAAGUGCCUGGAGGUGAAGCCUGGAGAUGACUUAGAAAGUGAUCGAUACUUAAUCACAGUUGAGGAAGUUAAAGUUGCUGGGAGCAUAGCUAUUAAACAGGAUGUCAUUAAAGAAGCACCGGAGUUAAAUCCAAGGAGAUUUAUAUCCUCUGGCUGGUCCCUUGGAUGUCAGCCUGCUGGUUUAAAAAGGAAGUUUACUGGUUUUCGAGGACCCCGUCAAGUGCCAAAGAAAAUGAUUAUUACAGAAAAUGGUGAAUCAGCUGCAUCACUUGAGGCUAAGAAACCUGGUCCUAUUUUUCUCUCUCCCUUCUACAGCACACCUCCUUUGUUUUCUACUGCUGGUAAGAAAGAUAUAAAUAAUAUGCCAUCAGACCCUGAGAAGAGUAUCACUUACAAGAACGGAGAGACAAAUGGCUUACAUUUUUCUUCUAUUGUCUCUACUCCAUCCUUCAAGAAUAACCCAGAAAUGCUAUGUGAAGAAAAUUAUUUUUGCUCUCCUGUCUAUUCUGUAAAUAAGCAUUCAGAUUCUCUACUGACCAAUGAGGCCAUAAAAAAAGAUGGUUUGACAUCUCACUGUUUAGGAGUUUCACAAAACAUCAGAAGCAAAGCACAGAUAUUAGCUCUUCUGAAGUCCAAAUCAACUGGUGUGUGUAAAGAACUAAAUUCUGGGAUUACAGAACAUCUCCCUCAGAUACAACUACAAGGAAAUGGAAACAUUCCUACUAAACCGAAGUGCAUAACUGAAGAAGAAGAGUGUGCUGAGGUGAAGAAGAGCACAGACAGUUUACACCACCAGCAUCAAUCAGAAAAUAUCAUGAGAAAUAAAAGCCGAUGGGCCAUGUAUUUAUCCUCACAGAGUUCACCUGUACAUUCUUCUACUGAAGAUGGAAAUAAUAUAGAAAGGAAACCCAAGGUCCAGGGAGAUAAUACAAAUUUAAAUUUGAAAGACCUUUUGGUACAAGAAAGGAAACAGUUCUUUGAAACAUGUGCUGAAAAGGGUAAAAAGUAUAAUGAAGACAAGCCAGUAGAUGAUAAUGAUGAAUCUUUGGAUCAGGAAGUAAAAUUAGAAAUUCCCUCAUUCUGUAAAAGCAACAGCUUACCAGUUACCUGUAGUAGUGUGGAAUGUGAUGGCUUAUUAUCAGAAUCUGACAUUCAAAAAAAUAAUAAAAUAUCUGUUAGACAGAAUGACCAGAUGUGUCUAAAAGGAUCAAUUCUCAUUAGAGAAAAUGCUCAGGAGAUAAAUCUAUGUGGAACACCAGAAAAAAAAUAUAAACAGCCGAUGUCAGUCCUGCCAGAAUCUGAACAUCUGCAAACGGAGUCUUCUAUAAGCAACAAUUCUAGGCUCUCUGAUGACUUUACCAACAUGCUUUCUAAAAGUAAUACUGAUAAUGGAAGUCUUAAUAGUAUUCCUGAACCUAUGAGUAAUGUAACACAGCCACUUGUGGAGGUGACUUUUAAUCUGAACAAUUUUGAAACCAGCGACACUGAGGAGGAAUCACAGGAAGACAACAAAAUUUCCCAGGAUUCAGGGGGUUGGGUAAAAGAAGCUUUGGUUAAUGACAGCAGUUCAGGUGUUCAGAAGAGAUGUGAAGAUAUAAGCUGUAAGAAAGUUGGCAGUGAACAUUUGUCUCUUUUAACAUCUAUCAGGGAUAAACCUACAGAGACAUUUCCUAUUAAAGAGACUCUGCUAUCACAAUUUUGUGAUAAAGCUUGUGUAGGUGUUGACACAGGACCUUGGAAAGCUGGAAACAUUAGAAAAGAAAUAGAAGAGUGUAGUGACACAUUAAGCAGUUUUGACUCAUCUUUAGAGGGAACUGAUAAUGUAUUUAUAGAUAAUAAUGAAAAUGCUAAUAAAUCUAUUCAAAAAGUCAGAAUUAACUAUGAUAUUGCUUCACUACUGAAUAAAUCUAAAGGUAUAAGCUUGAAUUUACAUACUCCUUGUAUAAACAUAGCCACUAAUCAGACUCCUGAAAAUAGCCUAUUCUCAGAACAGACUGAGCCUCAGACUUUUAUUAUGGGAAGUAACUUAGACAAAAAUGAUGAACAGGUUUUGCUGUCAACUUCAAGCAGCAACAUCAGUAUCCAAGAAUUAAAUGUUAAUCAUAAUCACUCUGAGGAAUGUAUUGCUCUUGAUAAAUCAAAUAUCCAAGUUUCCAAUUCUUUGUACCCUCUGAAAAAAAAGCAUCCUAUUUCCAAAGACACAGAAGCAUAUAUUCAUGAAUCUGAAGAUUUGCGAAGCAUUAGAAGUUUAGACCAUGACCAUAGUGAAGUAGAAACUAAUGGAGAAAGCAAACAAUAUUGGAAUAGUCCUAGAAAUCCUUUGGAACUCUCUGGAUUAGUAAAUAACAUUUCCCUUUUAAAAUCAUUGUCUGAACACAGUACAGCUUUAGAAGGCUUGGAAGUAUUGAAAAAGAAAUAUGCUACCUUUAAACAACAAGGAACUCUGUGGACUUAUGAGCCAGAUAGCAAUCCUGAAGUUAGGAAACCAUUGACUGCAGGAGUUUCACAAGCUUUACGAAAGUUGCCUCAUCUGAACCAGGAUUCUCAUCAGAUUAUAACAGAAAAAGAAGUUGAAGCAAGUGAACCACUUCAGUCUUUGCAGUUGACAUCUGCCUUAGGCUCAGAUGAAGAGACUGCUUUUCUAGAUGUUAUCACUACAGAAUUAGAGAGAAAAACCUGUGACCCUACGCCUGUUGAGUUUCAAGGACACCAAGUGAAAGGAUCAGCUACUAGUGCGGUGAUGGUCAGAGGACACAGCUCACAGCUAGAAUGCAGUCAGUUUCCAGAUAGUAUUGAAUAUGAAAACCGCACGACAGACACUUGUUUAUUGACACCAAAAUUGACUAGCGCUUGUAUGCAGAUUGAUUUCUUGCAGGUGACAUCACCAGAACAAAAGAACUCUACAUUAAACCCUGUUUCUACUUUUUCUUUGAACUCAAGAGAUGAAGACUUUGUGCUAGAAUUCUCUGAGGAGUCCCUGAAAGAAAGAACUUUACCUGGUGACCUUCACUUCCUCAACUUAGAAUUUAUCAAAAAAUCCAGUUCUCUGGAGAAUAAGAACUUUCAAAGGCUUCCAUUAGUAAGUAGAACCCGAGUUCCACUUAUUACCUUGCCACCUGCUGAAAGGUCACCUGAUUUAGAUGCUUGUUCAUACGUGAUCAACUGUGACAGGCAAGAAUCUUCUGGUUCCCCCCACAUACUCAAUUUGUGUGAAGAAUCAGGAGUUCUUUCUUUUAGCUGUGGGCUUGAGGACCAAAAUGAAACUUCCUUCUGUAAAGAAUCUAGAGAAAUGACUCCAAGGGACGUUUUACUUCUCAAUAAUGUAUCUACUCAAAGCAAGUGGCUGAAAUAUCAGAACAUACCCCAGUGCAAUUUGACUACUUCAAACAGAGUCGAUAAGAAAGUAACAGAUGGCUUCUCUGCUGAGGUUAUAUCUGGGACACAUUUUAGUGACACAGGUGAAAGACAGAAUGAUGCUGUGAAUAAAAGCUCUUUAGACUCUGUGCAUUUGCAAAUGUUAAAAGGCAUGCUCCAUCAACAGCAGCAGGAUUUUAGCAGUCAAGAUUUGGUUCCCAGAAAGAAAGCACUCUCUUUGAGUAUAAAGCAGACUUCCAAGACUGAAAAACUUCAAAACAUGUUAAGAGAGUCUGCCUGCUAUAUCUACAGUGUAACAGGAAAUUUACAGGAGAUAAAUGGCUCUGAGCUAUGCUUCCCAAGUGGGCAGAAAAUAAAAUCUGCUUGUCUUCCCCAAAGGCAAAUUCAUAUACCAGCUGUUUUUCAGUCUCCUGCUCAUUAUAAGCAGAUUUUUACAUCUUGUCUCAUAGAACAUCUAAAUAUAUUGCUGUUUGGGUUGGCACAGAGGUUGCACAAAGCUCUUUCAAAAGUUGACAUAUCAUUUUACACAUCAUUAAAGGGAGAGAAACUGAAAAAUGUAGAAAGUAAUGUGCCAUCCUGCCAUCAUCAUCAACCUGCAAAACUUGUCAUGGUUAAAAAGGAAGGUCCAAAUAAGGGUCGUCUCUUUUAUACCUGUGAUGGACCCAAAGUUGACCGAUGUAAAUUUUUCAAGUGGCUUGAAGAAAUGACCCCAGAAUAUUUAACACAAGAAGACUGUCUACCUAGCAUGGUUUUAAGUGAUAUAAAGAGUAUUGGCUUAUACUUAAGAAGUCAAAAGAUUCCGCUCUUUGAGGAAUGCCAACUUUUGGUAAAAGGAAUUGAUUUUCAAAGAAAGCAGUAUGGCAAACUAAAGAAGUUUACUACUGUAAAUCCUGAAUUUUAUACUGAACCUAAAAGCAAACUUUAUCUUAAGCUGAGUCGGAAGGAAAGUUCUUCAACAUACAGCAAAAAUGAUCUUUGGGUGGUUUCAAAAACCCUGGACUUUGAAUUGGAUACUUUUAUUGCAUGUAGUGCUUUCUUUGGACCAUCAUCUAUCAAUGAGGUGGAGCUACUACCUUUGAAAGGUUAUUUCCCCUCUAACUGGCCCACUAACGUAGUGGUCCAUGCAUUGUUGGUUUGUAAUGCUAGCACAGAGCUGACCACUUUGAAAAACAUUCAGGACAACUUUAAUCCAGCUACUCUACCUCUAACACAGUACUUGUUAACAAUGUCUUCAUCAACUAUAGUUAGCAACAAGAGAGUCAAUAAGAGAAGAUUUAUCCCACCAGCCUUCUCAAAUAUCAACACAAAAUUUGAACUUCUCAGCCUAGAAGCAACGUUGCGGUUAGCUAGUGAAUUAAUUCAGGCACACAAGUUAAAUAAGGAUCAAGCUACAGCUUUAAUUCAGAUAGCUCAAAUGAUGGCAUCCCAUGGAAAUGUUGAAGAAGUGAAGGAACUGCAAAUCCAUACCCUCCCUAUCACGAUCAUACAUGGUGUUUUUGGAUCAGGAAAGAGUUAUUUGCUGGCAGUGGUGAUUUUGUUUUUUGUACAGCUAUUUGAAAAGAGUGAAGUUCCUACAGUUGGAAAUGCAAGACCAUGGAAACUUCUCAUUUCUUCUUCCACUAAUGUAGCUGUGGACAGAGUACUUCUUGGGCUUCUCAGUCUUGGAUUUGAAAAGUUCAUCAGAGUUGGGAGUGUCAGGAAGAUUGCCAAGCCAAUUUUACCUUAUAGUUUGCAUGCCUCAGAAAAUGAAAAUGAACAACUGAAAGAACUACAUGCACUAAUGAAAGAAGACUUGACUCCUCUGGAAAGGGUCUAUGUCAGAAAAAGUAUUGAACAGCAUAAACUGGGGACCAAUAAAACCCUGCUGAAGCAGGUGCGAGUAGUUGGAGUUACCUGUGCAGCCUGCCCAUUCCCAUGCAUGAAUGGUCUUAAAUUUCCUGUAGUAGUGCUGGAUGAGUGUAGUCAAAUAACUGAACCGGCCUCUCUCCUUCCUAUUGCAAGGUUUGAGUGUGAAAAGCUGAUUCUUGUUGGAGAUCCCAAACAGCUUCCUCCUACUAUUCAGGGUUCUGAUGCAGCUCAUGAAAAUGGAUUGGAACAAACUCUUUUUGAUCGGCUUUGCUUAAUGGGGCAUAAGCCAGUUCUGUUGAGAACCCAAUACCGUUGUCACCCUGCAAUCAGUGCUAUCUCUAAUGAUCUGUUUUAUGAAGGAAACCUCAUGAAUGGCAUUUCAGAAACAGAGAGGAGCCCUUUAUUGGAAUGGCUCCCAACCCUGUGUUUCUAUAACGUUAAAGGACUGGAACAGAUUGAAAGAGAUAACAGCUUUCAUAAUGUGGCAGAAGCUGCUUUUACACUCAAGCUGAUUCAAUCACUGAUUGCAAGUGGAAUAGCGGGCUCUAUGAUUGGGGUGAUAACAUUAUACAAAUCCCAGAUGUACAAGCUUUGUCAUUUACUCAGUGCCGUGGACUUUGACCAUCCUGAUAUUAAAGCUGUGCAUGUAUCCACAGUAGAUGCUUUUCAGGGAGCUGAAAAGGAGAUCAUUAUUCUGUCCUGUGUAAGAACAAGACAAGUAGGAUUUAUUGAUUCAGAAAAAAGAAUGAAUGUUGCAUUGACCAGAGGAAGGAGGCAUUUAUUGAUUGUGGGAAAUUUAUCCUGUUUGCGGAAAAAUCGACUCUGGGGACGUGUGAUCCAACACUGUGAAGGAAGGGAAGAUGGAUUACAACAUGCAAGCCAGUAUGAACCACAGCUGAACCAUCUUCUUAAAGAUUAUUUUGAAAAACAAGCAGAGGAAAAACAGAAGAAAAAGAAUGAAAAGGAUAAAUCUAAAGAUAAAUCUCAUUCACAAAAAGACGUGGUAUAG